AGCUCUCAAAAUGGACUCGUGAACUUCUACAAUGAGCCUGUAAAUGACGGUUCUGAUGAUCCGGUGUUGAUAGGAACUGAAGAAGGGGACAGCUCCACCGAUGAUGAGGAUGUCACAUAUGCCCAGUGUGCAGAGCCAGAUCCAACGGAAUUUCAUACAGAUCCUGAGACUUCAUGGGAAUUCCCAGCCCAACAGGAACUAAACAUGUUGAUUGCCCAGUAUGGCACCAGAUCAAGUCACAACUACAUUCCAAGUCAGCACAAGUACAACUUUCAGAAGGCUAUCAUUCAGACGGAGAGCUGCCACGUCAUGGCCUACAGUGAGUUGCUGGGCUGCCUCAUGGUGGCACAAGAAUCCUCCCGCCGCCCCGUUGUCCUCACUGGGUGUGGUGUGAAGAAGCUAGAUGUGGGCAAUAUGGAGAGCUCCCAAUACAUUCCCAUCCAUUCCAAACAGAUCCGUGGACUAGCCUUCAACUCGCGCUCUGAUGGCCUUCUCCUCUCCGCUGCUAUGGAUUGCACAGUAAAACUGACUAGCCUUCUGACAAACACCGUGGUGCAGACCUGCAAUGCCGAGCAGCCGUUAUGGAGCUGCUGCUGGUGCUCUGAUGACUUCAACUAUAUUUAUGCAGGUCUGAUUAGUGGUGUGAUGCUGGUGUAUGACCUGAGGAACAUGAGCAAAUACGUGGAGCAACUGAGCCCUCGAGGCCCUCGAUCUCCAUUGAUUUCUCUCUCCUACAUGCCUCGUGCUGCCUCGGAGGUCUUCCCUUGCGGAGGAGUGCUGGCGGGGAGCCUGAGAGGAGCGUACUUUUGGGAGAUGAAGGAUGCCAAGUACACGCCACACUUGCUGCCCCUGGAGUCCGGGGGAUGUACUGAUAUCCAGAUAGAGAGCAGCACACGGCAGUGCCUGGUCACCUACCGGCCAGAUCAGACCCAUAACUACAUGCGCUCUGUGAUGAUGAAAUUCACCAGCAACCGCCUGGCAGACUCUGCAGAUAGGUACAAAUGUUCUUGUUCCCCAGUACAGACCUUCAACAUGGGGAACACCUGUAAACAUCUAACCAAGAAUGCCAUAUUCCCGAUUUAUAUUCCCGAUCCAGACAAAAAUGACGGUAUACUAGUGUGUGCUGGAGACGAAUCCUCCAACUCGGCCAUGCUUUGGCAUUCCAGGAGUGGCAGCCUCAUCCAGAAACUACAAGCCGACGAGCCGGUGUUGGACAUUUGCCCCAUGAAGGUGAACCAGACCAGCUUGCUGGCCACCCUGACAGAAAAGAAGGUGAAAAUCUAUCGAUGGGAAUAA